AGCUCUGUAAUCAAACCCAAAAAAAGCUUUCUUAUCAAAGCAAAUUCCGAACAAGUCAUUUUUUUUGUCCUUUGUAAGCCUGACGGCUGCAGGCAUAAGCAAGCGAUUCAGACAGAUGCUGUUUUGUACUGCAGGGUUGAGUGCAGCCAAGCUGUUGCUCGAGAGCGGACUGAGCCCCGUGGUCUUGGAGGCCCGCGACAGAGUCGGGGGUCGAACCUUCACCGCGCGGAAUCCAGAAACCAAAUGGGUGGACCUGGGCGGGGCUUAUGUGGGUCCGACACAGAAUCGCAUUCUCCGAUUGGCCAAACAGUACGGCAUAAAGACGUACAAAGUCAAUGAGGAGGAGAAGCUACUGCAUUAUGUCAACGGAAAAACUACUACGUUCAAAAGCUCCUUCCCACCCUCAUGGAACCCCUUUGUCAAGUUGGACUUCAUCAAUCUAUUCAGGACCUUUGACAAGAUGGGAAAAGAGAUACCCAAUGACGCCCCCUGGAAAGCCCCCCAUGCUGAAGAGUGGGACAAUAUGAGCAUGAAGCAGCUCAUAGAUAAAAUAUGCUGGACCAGUGCCGCUCGUCGUUUCGCCACGUUGUUUGUCAACGUGAACGUGACCUCCGAACCCCACGAGGUGUCGGCCCUCUGGUUCAUGUGGUAUGUCAAGCAGGCGGGAGGAACCAUGAGGAUCUUCUCCACCUCCAACGGAGGACAGGAGAGGAAGUUUCUAGGUGGAUCGAGUCAGAUCAGCGAAUGCAUGGCCAGAGAACUAGGCGAUCGGGUCAAGCUCCAAUCUCCGGUCUUCAGGAUUGACCAGAGUGGCGACAUGGUGCUGGUAGAAACGACAGAUAAGCAGGCCUACACGGCCAAGUACGUGAUCGUGGCCACGCCUCCUGCCCUCAACCUAAAGAUGCACUUUAACCCUGAGCUUCCCCCAUUGAGGAACCAGCUCAUCAACCGCGUCCCUAUGGGCUCAGUCAUCAAAUGCAUGGUGUACUACAAAGAAAACUUCUGGAGGAAAAUGGGGUUUUGCGGCAGCAUGAUGAUUGAGGAGGAAGGAGCCCCCAUUGGACUGACGCUCGAUGACACAAAACCUGACGGCUCCGUGCCAGCUAUUAUGGGAUUUAUCCUGGCCCGCAAAAGCAGGAGACUCUGCGGGCUCACCAAAGAAGAAAGAUUCAAGAGGAUUUGUGAGAGUUUCUCAAAAGUGAUGGGCACUGAAAAAGCGCUGCAUGCCAUCCACUAUGAAGAAAAGAACUGGUGUGAAGAGGAGUACUCGGGAGGGUGCUACACAGCUUACUUCCCUCCGGGCAUCCUUACCCAGUUUGGAAGGGUGCUCAGGGAGCCAGUGGGGAGGUUGUACUUUGCAGGCACUGAGACCGCCACCGAGUGGAGUGGCUACAUGGAAGGUGCGGUCCAGGCUGGAGAAAGGGCAGCCAGAGAGAUUUUGUGCACCAUGGGAAAAAUUCACCGCAGCCAGAUCUGGCAGUCGGAGCCGGCAUCGGAGGAUGUGCCCGCUCUCCCUUUCACGACCACCUUCUGGGAAAGGAACUCUCCUUCGGUGGGCGGCUUGGUCAACUUCGUGGGCGUGUCCGCCAUAUUGUCGGUCGCCACGUUGGCUGGCGUCGUGGCUUACAAAAAGGGUCUGGUUCCACGGUGUUAAGAUCCACGUUGCCGCUUUCCAUGUGGAAAGAAGAGUGCCGACUGUUGAUUUGAAGCUCUUGUUUUUAAUACAACUAUUCAAAUGACAAACGAUCCAAAAUCAUCAAGUGACAACGUGAAUAGUUACACUACAUGGAUACCUCUUAUGAUAAAGUCCAUCCAUCUGCACCAGGGGUGUCCAAACUUUUUUUCUCUGAGGGCCCCUUUUCAGAAAAAAUCCAAGGAAAUUCUUCCGCUUUCAUUUUUUAAACAAAGGACCGGAAUCGGGCAAAGAAAUAAAAAAGAUAGGGUUUUUCAACUGUAUUAAUUAUUUUGAAGUAUUAACUCAUUUGCUGCCAUUGAUAGCGAUAGUCGUCCAAUCCAUUUUGACUGCACUGCAAAAACAGACGUCCUUAAAACGAGUUAAAUUCACUUGUUUUCUGUGUAAAUCUACUACAAAUAAGUGAAAUUCUCUGCAGGUUGAAGGAAAAGAGUCGAUUUAUCCUUGUUACAGGUUGUUUUAUUCUUAUAACGAAGAGGAGAUGAUGACACAGAAUUCGGGAAUAAAAAAGAACAAAGAAUUUACACUGAAAGACAAAUAAAUACACGCAAGACAUAUUGGUACCAUUAAACAAAGGAAGAAAGUGCCCCCUGCCUAUCUGCUCGGACUCUUUUUCUUCCCUCUAACUUAGGGGCAGGGUCAGCUUGCUUGGAAUGUGCAUUGUGCACCCCCAUCUUGCUAGGACUAGCUAAUAUUUUCCAGAUGUGCCGCUAUUCAAUGGCAUUCACUGUCUUAUGAUGGAGAAUGCAAUGUCCACAUAUGAUUAUUGUGAAUAAAUGGAAAUAUAUCUCAACAAGGUACUUUAAAUCAAUUUUACUCAAUGUAAUUUUUAGACUAUAAAGCACCCCUGACUAUAAUUCGCCACCCAUCAAAUUGGACACAAAAACGGAUUUAUUCAUAGAUAAGCCGUACUGGACUAUAAAUCUGUCUUCACUGUAUUAUGGGAUAUUUGCACCCAAAGAUAUUAACCGGUAAUACUGUAUUUGACAGUGGCAUUGUAAGACCAUAUGAACCACAAUGACGCUUUGAACCAAUUGACUCCAAAGCUUCAUUGCUUCACGAAGCUUCAUUUGACCAUCACUGUUCUCUUCAAGGAGACAGUCAACCUCUACUGCCAUCUGCUAUCAACACUUUUGUCGCCCAACUCUACAGAUGUAAAUAACAUAUCAAAAUUCAUGUUCUGUGCUAAUUAUUUCUUCAGUUACUGUUGUAGUUGUUUCAUUAAUUGCUUGUUAUGGAAUUUGGUAACACUUUAUUCGACAGUGUCAUCAUAAGACCAUCAUAAUUAUGACAUGACACUGCCAUGAGCAUUAAUGAAUGCUUAUGACAGAUGUCAUUUUGUGUCGUCUGGCAAAUUAUCUCCAUUUUGAAUGGAUCUAAAAGAUCCGAGCUGGGCAUAAAUGGAGUUAGUGACAUAAUUUGCCGGAUAACAUCUCAUAAGCAUUCAGUAAUGCCCAUGAUAGUGUGUUUUCCGAAAUUUCCAGGUUCGCGGUGAAUCAGUAACAGGCACACUUCUGCAAAAUAGACAAUGUUUAUUGAUUUGAAAAUGCGGAAUAAAUGAGAUUUAUUGAUCACAAUCCCACAAGAGCAAGCAAACAAGUAUCAACAAAUGUCAACGAUGACACUAGAUUUGAGUUUGUCAACCCCAGAAUCCCCACGUUACCGUUACAGCAAAACGAAAUGUCCCUUAGCAAUGGAAAUUGCUUACCGUGACAAAUGAGCGGGGAGCCAAAACACUCCGGCAAAGCGGCAAAGGAACAAAGCCAGGCGAUCCGUACGUGACCCGCUGGCGGAGUUCACGGGUCGCCCGGAAAUGUCCGGUUUUGUAGGGACGCGCCCCGCGGAGGCGGAGAGGCAAACAUCCGUCCCCGAGCGGCGCGCCCCUGCCCAAUGACAAACACUUUUGGUUCAGCCCCCUUGAAAAAGGGCUUUUCACAUGGGACAAAUGAGUUGUGCUGCAACAGAUGCAACAAAUGGUAAAUAUUAUGGGUGCAAAACAAGUUAUCUCCUGAGAUUCCCUUCUAGCUAUGGGAUCCAGGAAUAAAACAAUACUAUGGUGCAAAACAAGUUAUCUCGAGAGAUUCCCUACUCAAGCACGUCUUCUAACUAUGGGAACAAGGUGAAAAACAAUUGAAGUUGUUCUCAGAAGCAAUCAUACAUAAAAACAAUAGAAGUUGUUACAAUCAUACAUCACAAAGGCAUAAUGUAAUAUUUUCCCCCAUCAUAGUGUCAUGUCAUAAUUAUGGCAGUCUUAUGACUCAGCUGUCAAAGUGUUACCUAUUAACCCAAAUAAAUCAACAAAUAAGCCACACUAGACUUUAAAUCGCAGGAUUGAAAAUGAGGGGGAAAAAGUAGCGGCUUAUAGUCCGAAAAUUACAGUAAUUUAAUUCGUUCCAUGACCUCGUUUGUAAGUCAAGAUAGUCGUAUGUCGACCGGGAUUUUCCCAUAACAAUACAUUAUAAUUACAGUAAUUUCCCGAAUAUAAGGCACACCCCAAAUUUACUUGUAAAAUCUAGGGGAAAAUGUUGUACCCGUGUAUAACGCGCAGCCUAAUUUUAGCACCAAUAAAUAGAAGAAUACAAGAAAACAGAGCUCGUGUACAGAUACACAAAUGUCAUUUUACUGACUGGUGAAACACAGCACAAGCAUAGCACAUUGGUAGUUCAAAACAUUACCGUAAACUGACAAUAUGUUCGGCAGUAAUAUGAUCUGAUAACUUCUUGAACUUACCAGAAUCCAGGAGAAAACAAAACAGAUGUGACUUUUCUUUUAAAGGCUGCUUUAUAACUUGCUCGUUUCAUCAUGAUAAAUAAAUGUUUCCUCCAUGGAUUGAUACGGUAAAAUGAAAGUGAGAACGUAAGUCGGAAAUCCGAGAGAGCUCAUCGCUGUCGACACGACAGUAAGUAACAAUAGGAACUGUUGUUGUUUGAGUUUCCCGAGGGACAGAUAUAGUUGACGGACACACACAGGAAGUCUGUGUUGUUACGUUUGUUAUGGUCCGAGUUGCGGAGCUGCAAUAAACGUUGACUCAAAUGAGUUCAAGAAACUAAAUUCUGUGCUUUAUGAAGAGUGAAAAAAGCGGAAUUUAACACGGACGAAAUCAUUCGGCCGAUCAGCGUGAAGUAUUACCGAAACAAAAUGGUGGCGUCACGUACCGUAAUGGUUGGCAACGGAUCGCCGCAUACGUUUCUUCAACACAACAUGGCCGUGUCAAUUUUUUUAAAAUCGUUUUUCAUAUAUAUAUUAGGGCUGUCAAACGAUUAGAAUUUUUAAUCGAGUUAAUUACAGUUUAAAAAUUAAUUAAUCAUAAUUCAAACCAUCUAUAAGAUAUGCCAUAUUUUUUUGUAAAUUAUUGUUGGAAUGGAAAGAUAAGACACAAGAUGGAUAUAUACAUUCAACAUACGUUACAUAAGUACUGUAUUUGUGUAUUAUAACAAUAAAUCAACAAGAUGGCAUUAACAUUAUUAACAUUCUGUUAAAGCGAUCCAUGGAUAGAAAGACUUGUAGUUCUGAAAAGAUAAAUGUUAGUACAAGUUAUAGAAAUGUUAUAAUAAAACCUCUCUUAAUGUUUUCAUUUUAAUAAAAUUUGUCAAAUUUUCAAUCAAAAAAUAAACUAGUAGCCCGUCAUUGCUGACGUCAAUAAUUACACAAUGUUCAUGGUUGAUGAAGCCAAUAAAAUCAGUCGCACCCAAGCGCCAGCAGAGGGCGACAAAACUCCAAAAAACACAAGUAACAAGUCGACAUUUGCACUGUGCUGUCAUUUUAAUCUGUUUGAGCGGGGCAUGUGCGUUAAUUGCGUGAAAUAUUUUGACGUGAUUAAUUUAAAAAAUUAAUUACCGCCCGUUACCGCGAUAAUUUUGACAGCACAAAUAUGUGUAUAUAUAUAUAUAUAUAUUUCUGUCUUCAUCCAUGUACCCGUUUAGAAUGUGCACCAUCAUUUUUCAAGUUGAUUUUGGGGAGAAAAAAGUGCGCGUUAUAUUCGGGAAAUGACAGUAGAUGAAUAUGCAGAAUUUACGCUUUUUGUCAUAAUUUGCGCGGGCCACAGUUUGGACACCCCUGAUCUGCAUAUAACGUACAUAGCCAUUAAUCAUUAUUGCCAAUUACACAAUGUGAUUUCUUUGAACCGAUUCAGCUCAAAUCUGCAUAUCUGAGCUGUUGUGCACUGUGGUUUUGUUUUGUUUUUUCUGUAUGUGUGCGCACGUGUGUGUGUGUUGUAUAACAUAAUAUUACGUUCGGUGAAUUUUAGGUGCCGAUUUAUUGUGAUGAUGCAGCAACUGUGCCAUUGCAGAUGGAGGUUCAAGCAUAGGUCUGUUGUCAUGAUUUUAUUGUGUAAUGGUCGUUUAUAAAUUCAAUUACCAUAUUGGCCCGAAUAUAAGACGGCCCUGAUUAUAAGACGACCCCCUCUUUUCAAGACUCAAGUUUGAAAAAAAGACUUUUUGAACACCAAAUUAAUUAGAUAUGAUAUAUGAUACAAAUGAUUAUAACAAUAUAUUUGAGAGACAAAGCAUGUUAUUUUGCCUCAUUCAAAUCUUAACAUCUGAACAUUUAAAUAUGUAAACUAAAGUGCAAUCACAUUGGUAAAUGAAUGGCUUCUGGUUUUUGAAAUGUAAAUAAACCAAUCUAUUGUGAUAAAACAACAAAAUUGCAAUAACUGCAUUAACCAUCAAAGUGAAGUCGAACUCUAACUGUAGUCUUGAAACAAAUCUGAAUAAGGAAAAACAUUGCAAUAAAAUAAUGCAAACUGGUUAAACUUGAGAGUAGCUGAGAUCUGUCAUAUGACAGAACAUCGCUUCAAUGAUAUCUGGCGCCAUCUAGCGUCGUGAAUGGAGAGAGUAGCUGGGAUCUAUCAUGACAGAACAUCGCUUCAAUAAUAUCUGGCGCCAUCUAGCGUCGUGAAUGGGUAUAAUGUCGAGACCGCGAAUAUAAGACGACCCCCUCUUUUUCAAUUUUAUUUCAAUGUAAAAAACAGUCCUAUAUUCGGGCCAAUGCGGGGGGGUAAUAAUUCAUUUAUUCUUGAUAUUUUUUCCCCCCAUCCAUUUUUCCGAUUCUCAUGUGAUGCGACGCAGGCUUUUUCUUUUGCGACUCUGUUCUGUUUUGACAGAAAAAUUGGAGUGAAUGUUUUUUCUGCAAUUGAAAUGAAUGGGGAAUCGAGCUAUUGUAAAUGAAUAGGGAAUUUUGGCCAUUAGAAAUCAAUGGGUGUAUUUUUGGCAAGUUUUGGCUGAACAAUACAGGAUUUUUUUUUUUUUUUUUUUUUUAGCAAAAACAGAAUUUUUUAUUGUAUAAAUAAUGACUGUCAAAAAUUGUAGGACAAAAGUAGCAUUUUCCAACCAAAAAACAUGUUUUGGGCGACCGGUCAUUUUUGAGGUGUCAAAGGAAAAAGAGCCCGCGUCGUAUGGGAAUUCCAGUUGUUUUUGUGUAUAAACAGGGAAGAAAUGCCAUUGGGGGGAAAAAAUGAAUAUCAUAGAUAGUAGCAUUUGCAUUACAUGCAAAGCUAACAUUAAAUAUGAUCUUGUUAAAAAAAAAAUUUCCUCAAAUUUAAUAAGUAAUAAACAAGCGAUGGAUGGGGAUACACUUCCAAGGGAUUUGUUGCCAAAUUGAAUACGAUGAUCAUUCUUUUUGUUAAGUGUGGUAAGUGCUGUCCUUCUCAUUAAGCUUGCAUUUUUUUGUCAAAUUAAUGCGAGCAUUUGAAUGUAUUUCCUUCACUGUAAUUGCGCACAUUUGUACACGUUGUAUAAUAUCAUAAAAGUGACAUUUGCAUCGAGCUUUUUACAUUGCUUUAACACUGUAACGCAAUUAGUCGUUUGCAUUUCAAUCACAAAUGUAGCUAAUUAAAAAUGUUUUUUUUUUUUUUUUUUGGUCAUAAGUCUUAAUUAUUGAAUAAGUGAUGAUUUGGAAGAGCACUCAUAAAAAUAUGUGUACUGUAUGUAUCUGUUGUUGUGUGGGUGCGUCAUUAAUGAAGUUGUGUGUUGUGCCUUCAUGGAAAAAUUGUCGUGUUUUAUUAUUAUAAUUACCCUUUGAACAAAAGAAAAAUGACACUGCUUUGAGUGGGCGGGCAUAUUUUUUUUCAGGCUGAGGGAGCUUGGUGGGGUCAAAGUGCAUCAUUCUCUGUCACCCUGUAAAUCUGCACUGCCCCCUAGGGCCUGGCAUGAAUACUACAUCGUUUUCUUGCGGAAUUGCGACAUUGUUCAAAUGGAGACGCAAAUGCAAAUUUGAAAUUUUUCAUAUUCUCGGAGAGUCACCAUGUAAACGGCCCCUUUAUUAAACGCUUCAUUGAGUUGGUCCACUCAAAUCCACUUUAGCUGCUCACUUACACACAAUCAGUUUCCACAGCAAAUGCUUAACAAGCUAAACGAUGAUUGACACAUGCAGGGCUUUAAAGUUUCGGCUUCCAAACAUCUCUGGCAAGAUCAAACCUUAACGUCCGUCAAUUAUCGUUAACUUUAAUAAGCAACUCCAAAGCGACUAUGUGAUUGGAUUGGGACAGCUCAUCUGUAUUUAUGUAUUUAUUUUUAAUAGAAAAAAAAAAAUCCUGGACUGAGAGCGCAAAGUUUGAAGCGCGAAGUAGCGAGGGAUCACUGAAUCUACACUUAUGCUCAAUAAAACACUUGACACAAAUCGGUGUUCAAUCAUCCAUCUAGUCCGAUCAACAUGUAAAUUUAGUCGAUGAAAUUAGCCCAAUUUGCCUAACAAACGUCCGCUGGCUUAAUGCUACGAAUGCUAACGUAUUUACAAUUCUCAUAUCAAAUCGCUCACAUGUAACUCCACAAACUGUAGCUCUAAACUUAAUUACAAAGGCAUGCAUAAACAUAUAUUAGCUGAAACAACUUACAGCCUUAUGUGGGCCAAAUCAGAGCAAAGCUAUCCUUUAUCCAUGUCAGAUAUCUGAGUCUGCUUCUCAAUCAUACAAGGCAACAGUCCAGCCAGACCCAACGCUGCCACCAGAGGGCAGUGUAUCUUGCAUCAUUAAACAAUAUACAAUACUGUUGAACUUUUUGGAUAGUUUUUUUUUUUUAAAGGGUUAAUUCCAAUCUACGCUGAAAUUCGGGUUACGUCGCCACCGUAGGAACAGAACUCAUUCGUUACCCCGUGACUAACUGUAUAUGGAUUCUUAGCUGGCGGCUGAAUAUCGUUAAGUUUUUCAGUGAAUUGUUCGGAAGCUGAAAAUGACAGAAGGGUGAAAAAAUCGUGAAAUAAAUCUUGGAACUGAUUUUCUGCACAAUGCCUUUUGUUUAUCAAUUUUAGAAUGGUAAAUGGUGUUUUACUUAAGACCUGCUCGGGCUUUGUCAUAAAGGACUGUAACGAUAACAAAAACUGACGAUACGAUUCGUAUUGCGAUUCUUGACACACAUUUUUUUUUCAAAUGUGAAAAAUAUUGGACCUAAAUUACAUGAAUACUAACAUUUCAUGGAACAAAUCACCUGAAAAUUGAACACUAAUACACAAAACAAAUGUAUAAAUACAAAUAGGACAAUUCUCCCACCCCCACAAAUAUUAUUAAUCUUGCUUGUAAUGUGGACCUCAUUUCGAACUGAUGAACUAACUGUGUGUGUGUGUGUGUGUGUCUAAAUGAAUAC